AGGGCAAACUAUUGCCCACUCAAUCACACUCACAGCACCAAAACAAAGCAUCAAAAACAAGAACAAAUGAGAGGAUGACAAAAUUGAUGAUUUGAAGAGAGAAGGGAACAAAACAAAACAAAACAAUGUUGAGAACCCUUCGCCUACACUCCACACUCAAACCCCUCUCUCCUCUUACACUACUCUCUUAUCUUCUCUUUCUCCUUUCUUCCCUUUGCAGCCAUGCCACAGCCAACAUCUUCAUCUAUGCAGGCUGCUCCCAAGAAAAAUACCAACCCAACUCACCCUUUCAAACCAACCUCAACUCCUUGCUAUCCUCAGUUGUUAGUUCAUCCUCUCGGGCAUCCUACAACAGCUUUGCCAUUGGAAAUGAUUCCUCUGCAUCCCCGGAAGGUGCCGUCUACAGCUUGUACCAGUGCAGGGGUGAUCUGAAGAUGCCAGACUGCUCACAGUGCAUCCAGAGUGUGGUUAGCCAAAUUGGUUUGGUGUGUCCCAACACUUAUGGGGCUGGCCUGCAACUAGAUACUUGUUUCCUAAGGUAUGAGCAUGGUGACUUUCUGGGAAAGUUGGACACAAGUCUUAAGUUCAAGAAGUGCAGCAAAAGUACAAGCAACGAUGUUGAGUUCUUUAGGCGUAGAGACGAUGUUCUCGCAGACCUACAGACUGCAAUAGGCUUCCGUGUUAGUACCUCGGGCAUGGUUGAAGGCUUUGCUCAGUGUUUAGGUGAUUUGAGCUCUGCAGAUUGCUCUGCCUGCCUUUCAGAUGCUGUUGUUAAGUUGAAGAGCUUGUGUGGAUCCGCUCAGGCUGCAGAUGUGUUUCUGGGGCAGUGUUAUGCUAGGUACUGGGCAUCUGGCUACUAUGACACCUCCAGAGAUUCUUCCAAUGAAGACGAUACUGGGAAAACAGUCGCCAUAAUAGUGGGUGCUUUGGCUGGCAUCGCUGUUAUCAUUGUUCUUCUCUCGGUUUGUCGCAAAGCCGCCGGUUAAUGACAACAAAGGGGGACAAAUGGUUGGUUUCUUUCUCAAAGAAAUGGAUUGCAAAAGGACACCUUAUGGUUGUUGAAAUAUUCUCGUGAAACUAGUUCUACUUUUCAUCCAUUGUGAAACAUUUUGGCGCCAAAAAGAGAAGUUGGUUCUAAUCUA